AUGAGGAGUUUGAGAGGAAGAUGAACACUGAGCUGCUGUCUGUUUCUCUGCAGAGUCCCUGUCUUUCUGCUGCUCUGAACUCAGGAAUCCAUCAGUGAGAAGAAUCACCUGAAGUUAGAAAAACUGCUCGACGUUCAGAGUUUCAUUUCCCUCCUCUGGUUGGGUUUGUGGUUUGACAGCAGACUGAGCAGCUCAUGAGUCAGAGGAACAGGAAGAUCAAGCUUCAUCUGACGGUCUGACAGCAGAGCUCAACGGGAUCAUGGUGCUGAUGAUGAUGAUGAUGAUGGUGAUGAUGGUCAGCGUUGAAGGACAGAAUGUGAUGAAGGUCAGAGCAGAGUUGGGUAAAGACGUCUCCUUAAACUGCUCCAUCACGACAAAAGACAUCUACUGGUUUGUACAGAUCUACAGUCAGAUCAAAGCAGUAAUCGGACGGGUUUAUUAUCCAGACACGAAUCAGUACUUCUCUCCGGACUAUGAAUCCAAAUAUUUAUUACUGAAGAACCGUCUGGUGAUCAAGAACUUCACUGCAGACGACUGCAGGUCUUACUUCUGUGCUGAGAUGAAAAAUCACACCUACAUCUUUGUGGAUUCUUUCCUUCUAGACUCAGAUGUUUCCAACAAUCAAACGCCCUCCUCAACCUCAAUCUACAACCAGAAAAACACCAGUGAGACCCUCAGAACCGAGCUGCUGCAGAAGAAGGAAGUGGUGUUCUCCUCUCUGGGUCUGAACGGACUCCUGCUUCUUAUCAUCAUUGGUCUGAUGUUUCUCCUUCUCAGGAAGAGGAGAGAGCGGAGCGACACUCCAAAACCCCACAAGAACCAGGAGGCUUAUUAUGAAGAGGUCAACCUGCCGCUGCCCAGAGAGCAGGCCAUCUACCACAAAGUUCAGCUUCCUUACUGACUCUCUGCUGACACCUGGACAGGUGACACACCUGGAGGUCUGUGGAUUCUAGAAAAACUCAUCUGCCU